CGCGCCUCUAAAGCACUCGGCUCGCGCCUGCAGCCGCCGCACUUUCACUCUCCACUCGCCUCACCCGCUCGUGGCCCGGCCGCUGUCCGUCCACCGCCCGCGCGCCCUCCUGCAGCGCCAUGGACGCCAAGGUCGUCGCCGUGCUGGCCCUUGUGCUGGCCGCGCUCUGCCUCAGCGAUGGGAAACCCGUCAGCCUGAGUUACAGGUGCCCCUGUCGAUUCUUCGAGAGCCACGUGGCCAGAGCCAACGUCAAGCAUCUUAAGAUCCUCAACACUCCCAACUGCGCCCUUCAGAUUGUGGCCCGGCUGAAGAGCAACAACCGGCAAGUGUGCAUUGACCCGAAACUGAAAUGGAUCCAGGAGUACCUGGAGAAGGCCUUAAACAAGAGGUUCAAGAUGUGAGAGGCGGGUCAGACGCCCCAGGAGACCUUACAGUAUGAGCCCGGGUCUGAAGCCAGAGCUAGGGCAGGGCCAAGUGCACUCACCAGGGCCUUGGUUUCUCUUUCGUUUUGGUUUGCACAGUUUGCCUUACUCUCACCAUUUGAUUAUGUAGCAGAAUACGUACAUGGUGUUUAUGUUUCCUGUAGUUUGAUUACCCAAUGUCACUGGUGACAGAUAGGGACCUAGGUUAAGUCAUUAUGUUACUGUCUUUGUUAUAUCUCUUCCGUGGGACCCUCCCCAGGAUGAGGGCUCCCAAGGUUUGUAUCUUGCUGAGCUGCCCAGGUGGGAGUCUCGCCCGGCGUCACGGCCGGUGCAGGAGGGGCUUGGGGGUGUUGGUAUGAGCAAGCCACACUGAUGGCUAGAGGGUGGAGAGCAGGUCUUCAAAGUUCCCUUGUCUGCCUCCUGCGGGAGGGUCUUCCCUGAGCUGAGUGCAGCAGUGAGUACAGAGUGAGGCCAGAGCAGAGCGAGACCCACCCCUCCUCCACACCCCAUCUCAUCAUUCUCUGUCCCAUCCAUCCAUCCAUCGUCAUGUGUCUGCAGACUGUCUCCAUGACCUCGAAAACCAACUCACUCAAGACCAAAGCUUUCCUGUGAGCCCAGCACCGAGAACGAAGGAAGGCACUUAUGUUAGUUGAAAGCAUUGUGCACACCCGUGUCUUGUUUGGGAUACUGUCCAUUGUCCAAGCCCUUGUCUGUGGUCCCAGCCUACGUCCUCCUCCUGGUCUGCGUCCUUCCCUCCUUGCAUGCAAAGGCUGAGAGAGGAGGUGUCGCUGGGGCCCCUGGUCCUGAUUAGGGCUGGAGUGAUCAGCCUUGAUUUUCCCACUGGCCCCAGGACUGUGGUGGCUGGACAGGCAGAGUCCAAGGGAAUAUGGUUGGCAGCAGCGUGGACCUCUGAGGCCGUCCUCUCUUCCUUAGUCACUGCUAGUUUAAACCAAGGUCAUGUCUUCCUCAUGCUGAGCCCAGCCUUGCUUGGAGAAAAAUGUCACAUUUUAAAACCCCACCCAUUCAGGAGGCUAUCCUACACCAGAAGAGACUGGUUGAUUCAAACAAUUAAUCCCACCAUCCCAGACCCUUGGGGUGGACUGUCC